AUGACAGACCUGCUCAAAUCUCGCUGGGCGCCUGACGACACCCCUCGCGAUCCCCUGUGCGAUCGCCCGUCCGCCGUGCGCCCACACCCUCACCCCCCCCACCACCACCACCACCACCACCACCACCAACACCACUCUUCCCCACCCCCCUCCUCCUCCUCCUCCUCCUCCCCUCCCACCGACCUCACCCGCUUCAUGAAGAUCGUCGCUCGCCUGAAAUGGAAGCUGCCCUUCCUGGCCGAAGGCUACCGCCUGGCGACGCUCUCCCCCGCUCACGGCGCCAUCGACGUCUCCCACGCCGAAAUCAUGUUCAAGAUCGACUUCCACGAGUACUACGCUCUGCUCGAACGCGCCAUCGUGCACCUCCUCAGCGUCUUCGGCACCACCAUCUCCUCCGCCUGCCGGGCCUCCACCCCGGCCCCGAACGUCGGCCUCGCCGCCACCCACCGCUACCACGCCAACGUCCUGGAAGCCCUCCAGGACCCCGCCAGCCCGCUCCACCCCGUGCUGGGCCACGGGGAAGUCCACGAACAACUCCACAAGGCCAAGGAACUGCGCAAUCGCUGGAAGGGCGCGGAUAUGACGAAGGCGGAACGGGAGGCGGAGCGGGAGAUGUGGAAGCGGAGGAAGAACCGCGAGAACGGAGUGGCCCCGUUGGCGAGCUAUAAUUUCGAGCGCAUCCUGACGGUGAUCUUCCAGGGGCUGGAGGAGGCGUAUCUCGUGGCGAGGGCGCAUCUGGAUGGGAUGGAGGGGGUGGUUGGGAUGGACGAAGGGGAUGGGGAGAACACCGGCGAGGGGGAGACGGGCGGUGGGGAGGAGGACUGGGAUUUCAUCGUCGAUGCCAUGGACUGGGAGGCCAUUUAA